GCGAUAGAAACAACAAACGUGGAACGGUCAAAACUCUCGGAAGUUCACUUGGCGCCCUUUGUUACGAGUAGGAAUGGCCUCCACCCAUAGCAAAAGGCUUCCACCCUAGUAGCUUGUUCCUAGAAGCGAUGCCAGGAGCUACGUUCGUUUGAACAAACACGUGUUGUUUUUGCAGAAGCGAACCUCUCGGCCCUCCACUCUUCCUCCUUCCACGCUGCAUGGCCCGAGCACGCAGCGGGGGGGGGUAGCGGGCAUCGCAGAAAGAGGCAUGGCGAUGGCCGAAGAGUCGAGUUGGGCCUUGAUAGAUAAGCUGGAGCAGGCUGUACACAGUGAGCAGCCGCAGACUUUUGUCAGUGCGGUGAAAGUGGAUAUGCUGCGCUCCAUCUAUCGACAGAUGGACAAUCGCCGUACGGGGCACAUCAGCAAGCAAGAUUUGGCCUCUCUUCUGCGGAAGAUCGACCCAACGAUCACCACCCAGCGAGUGACGGCCCUGUUGAAGAAGAUCAGCACCGACGGGAACGACGAGGUGAGCUUCGAGGAGUUUGUGGAGUUCUAUACCAAGUACCAGGAACAGGGAAGCCAGAUGAGUGAUGACCAGGCAGAUGUGGUCAAGGCCACAUUCCGAGCCUGGGACAAAGAUCGAAGUGGAAAGCUCUCAAAGAGAGAAUUCUUCGGAGUCAUGAGGACUCUCAACAAGUCCAUGACCGACACGAAAAUCACCUUGCUCUACAGCGCCAUGGAUCGGGACCAUGAUGGACAGAUAUCCUAUGAGGAAUGGAUAGACUACAUGUUUCAGUGAGCAAGCAUGUGUCCGUGUGGCACCUUGAACAGUACGUUGUAGGCGAUCCCGAGGUCGGCCUGCCGUGGGAUAAACACGCUUCGGCGCCGUCCGCAGCUCCUUCAACGCAAUUCAAAGAACGCUUGAGAGUGAAGGCUGUCGAUCUGUCAUCCCAGGGACUUGGCGCUCCAGGGUUUGGGGGUUUGCGC